AUGUCGUCCGCCACCAUCGACGGCCUCACGGUACCUCAAUACAGUGAAUAUCUAACGGCUACUCGCAUACAAGUCGCAGUAGUGUGCUUGUUCGUCUACGAAUACAUCAUCACAUUUGGCUAUGAAGCCAAGUACUUCUGGGGACGCAAGAUCAACGGCGCCGCGAUCCUACUCUAUUUGAACAGAUAUAUCUCUUUGCUCCUCUAUCUACUUGACAUGCUGAGUGCAAUCACUCUUUCUGACGAGGAAACCAUAGUGCUGCAGGACACCAGCAUCGUCACGGAGCUUACAGAGCCAAUGACGAAGAUCCUCAUCUCUCGCUUCCUGUUUCACUUGCAAGCCGCCGAUCGCGCGUCCCUCGACAUGGACUCCUCCGACUCGCACGAGGGUCUUCCCGAGACGUCUUCGCGCACGAACAUCAGCUCGGUCGUGUUCGACCGUAUAGUCGGGUCGCUCUCCGCCGACAUCGCGCCAGAAGACUUACUAGGUACGGCCGAUGAGGAUUCGGAAGACUACGCGGAGAAAUCCGACUUUGUGGGCACCACUCAGACGGAAUAUCUCGAGGAGCCUGUGGAGAAGGGGAAGUCGGUCAACGAGAUGCAAGAGGUAAACGCGCUGGACUUUGGAACGAGGGCGUCGUCCAACACGCUGAGGGGUCUGGAUACUGUGGAAGAGGUGGUCUAG